CAGAAUGAACAUUGGAGGGUGUUGGUUGCAGUCAGGAGUUCUUCUCUUCCUCCUGUCUUGCUGUCUGUUGUGCGUUCAGUCGCAGAUGCACCACCAACAGCAGCGUAUCAUCGAGGGUGUUCCUCACAUAACCCGCCUUGACAAGAGCAUGGUGCAGGAUAAAGACCACAUCAUGGAGCAUUUAGAUGGCGUGAUAGACAAACCGGAGAAGGAAAUGACACCACAGGAGCUUCAGCUGCACUAUUUCAAGAUGCAUGAUUAUGACGGCAACAAUCUACUGGAUGGCCUGGAGCUCGUCACAGCCAUCACACAUGUACACCAAAGAGGGUGUGAGAAAGGAGAGCACAGCCAGCCAAUGAAAGAAGAGGAAAUCAUGAAUCUCAUCGAUGAUGUUCUGAGGGACGAUGACAAAAACAACGACGGUUACAUUGAUUAUGCUGAGUUUGCCAAGUCACUGGAGUAGAGGGUCGCACUUGUCUGUUUAUUUAUUUGUUUCUCAUCCAUAACACCAGUCGGGAAUCUGUGGAAGUGAGGGACC